UGCUCAAGUUUAUGUCUAUUCUGUUCUAACAAUUUUUAUGUGGCAUUUUGCUUCAUUUUAAUUAGUUUUUAUAUCUUCUUCUUAAAAUUUAUUUUUUUGAUCUAGUAGUUAAUAUAGGGUAACACUUAAAAAGGUUAUUGAGCUUUAAUAGUGAAAAUGAUCCAUCGUGACUUUAUCUUUAAUUAAAAAGUUUUGAAUUUGAUCAUGAAAUCGUGACAUUUCGUCCGAAAAGCAAGACUCUUGAUGCGAAUUUAGAUUAUUUUGAUUUAAAGAAACGAAAAAAGGGCCCACACGAGGUAUAAGGAAAGGCUGUAUGCAAAAGGUAGGAAUAAAUUCUAAUACCUUAGAAAAACCAAAAAUGUUUUUUUUGUUUGGUAUAUUCCAAAGAAAACUAUAACUUGCCUUGCUCAUGCCCUUCAUCUUUAAACUAAGGUUUGGAAUCUUUGUUUGGUUUUUUUUGUGUAUAUUGGUACCAUUUCUAUGUUACUACUAAUAAUAUUAUUACAAACCUAGCAAAUAAGAAAUUAAUAUUAGCCAUUAAUACUUAUUAUUAAUCCUCUCAAGAUUAUGGCCAAUUCAUCAUUCAUCUUUCUAUGCUUCCUUCUAAUCUUUAGUGGUUCAAUAGUUGUACAUGCAAUGACAGGCACAUAUGGUAUAAAUUAUGGAAAAAUUUCAGAUAACAUCCCAGCACCUGAAGAUGUUUUAAGACUUUUAAGGAUGAACAAGAUCAAGAACAUACGAAUCUACGACGCGGAUCCUAGGGUUCUGAGAGCCUUUAGUGGUUCUGGUAUCGAAAUCUCAGUAUGUCUUCCUAAUGAGUUACUCAAAGAAGUUAGUCUAAAUGGUUCAAUAGCCCUCGAAUGGAUACAAGUUAACCUACAACCAUACCUCCCUGGUACCUCAAUUAGAGGUAUCGCGGUUGGAAAUGAGAUACUAGGUGGUGAUACAAGUAUAUCAGAAGCACUAGUACCCGCGGUUAGGAGUGUAUAUCGAGCUCUCAGGAGGUUAGGAUUGACCAAGACCAUCGAGGUUUCGACCCCGCAUUCCGAGGCAGUUUUUAGUAGCACAUAUCCUCCAUCAAAUGGUACAUUUAAAGAAAGUAUGAUGCCAUAUUUAGGCCCAUUGUUACAUUUUUUCAAUAGAGUGGGCUCACCUUUUUACAUAAAUGCAUAUCCAUUUUUAGCCUAUAAAUUUGACCCUUCUCAUAUUGAUAUAAACUAUGCUUUAUUUCAACCAAAUAAAGGGAUUGUUGAUCCUAAAACUAAAUUGCAUUAUGACAACAUGUUUGAUGCAAUGGUUGAUGCAACCUAUGUUGCAUUAGAGAAAUUAGGGUAUACGAAAAUGCAAGUUAUCGUGUCGGAGACCGGUUGGGCAUCUAAAGGGGAUGACAAUGAAGCAGGUGCGGACCCUAAAAACGCCAGGACGUAUAAUUUUAAUUUGCAUAAAAGGUUAAUGAAGAAGAAAGGUACACCUUAUAGGCCCAAAAUGUUGGCUAAAGGUUAUGUUUUUGCUUUGUUUAAUGAGAAUUUGAAGCCUGGCCCAACUUCUGAGAGAAACUUUGGAUUAUUUAAACCUGAUGGAAGUAUUGCUUAUGAUAUUGGAUUUAAAGGACUUAUAUCUUCUGCACCAUCAAAGGAUUUUGUACUACAAGGAAGGUUUUGGAGUUCUCAAUCUUUAAUUAUUGUUGUAUGUACUAUAAUUCUGGUUCUUUUUAUGUAAUUAUAUAACUUUCAAGAAAAUUAUAGUUGUGAAAUGAUCCACAUAUUCUUAGUUAUUAUUUUUAAAUAUUGGAAGAAAUUGUUGUCCCAAUUUGUAUAAAAUAGUUGCAUUUAAUUUAAUUUUACUGUUUUUCACCAGUACCUCCUUGAUUAGUUUAUUGAAUAUCAUUUUACUUUGCUUUUAAAACAUAAUGGGCUAAUAGCAUAUGGUAAUAAAUUAUAAUUAUAGCCUGUAUACAUUGUAUGUAUAUGAACACAAAAGUUAUAUCUGCUUAACAAAUUCCUUGGACAAAGUCUAGUGCGAUAA